CUUGAAAAUUUGGUAAUUCUUUUUUGGGGUUUUGUUUGUGAUUUUUUUGGGACUAGUGAUCGAGCUGGAUCGGGACCAAGGCCUUGUUUUUUCUUGUACCCAGGGUCCAGGCCGAGGCCCAUUUUUGGGAUUAUGGGAGUUAAGGGCAGAAGAUGGAAAUUCUCCCAUCUAACUAUCAUAUAGGGUAAAGAGGGAGCAAAGCAACGCAUUCUUUAUCUUGAGUCUUUUAUCCGCCCAAAUAGUAUUUGGAGUUGACCUUUAGGGUCAUUUGACCUUGUGUUGUCCAGUCUUUCAAUCCUUUUUAACCUCAUUAAUUUAGGCAACAGAUUUUGCGGAUGGCAUUUUUCUCAUCAAACUCGCUGAAGUUCUCUCUGGCAAGGGCUUGCCACGCUUCAACAAGAAGCCAAUUAUGCGCACUCAGAAAUUGGAUAAUGUUUCGCUUGUUUUAAAUUUCUUUCAAAAUCAAGAAAAUAUUAAAAUUGUGAAUAUUGACAGUUCACACAUUGUUGAUCACAAUUUGAAACUUAUUCUUGGACUUGUUUGGACUUUAAUUUUGCAUUAUUCUCUUUCACAUCAACAUUUUACUCCCGCGGAUACAACAACAUCUCCAACUACAAUAACUAAUGGAAGUGAUAAAAAGGAGACUCCAAAACAGCGUCUACUUGCUUGGAUUCAAGGCAAAAUACCUGGGAGACGCGUUGCAAAUUUUACGUCAACGUGGAAUGAUGGAAUUACGUUGGGAGCGUUGGUGGAUGCUUGUACAAACGGAAGUCUUAAUGAAUGGAUAAACUGGGAGUCAAGUAACUCGUUGGAAAAUACACAGAAAGCCAUGCAGGCUGCCGAGAAGUUGUUGGGGGUUGAAAAGCUUUUAACUCCCGAGGAGUUGUCAAAUCCAGCAGUUGAUGAAAAAAGUGUAAUGACUUAUUUGGCACAAUUUCCGAAAGCACAGCCUUUAAAACAACAACAAAAAUCGUCGUCUUUGUCUAUUUCUGGAAUUGAUCGUCACCAUAUUGUUGGAAUCCCCAGCAACUUUUUUGUUGAAAUUGAAAGAAUUGAGGAUGAAAUUGAGGUGGAUAUAACCGAUUAUGAAGGAAAUCGGAUUGAAGUAGAAAUUGCUACUGAUGAAAAUGAUGAUGGAGAAUUUAAAUAUAAAAUUAGUUUUGUUCCGAAAAAUGUUGGAGAACAUAAGAUAAAUUUAUAUUCAAAAGAUUCAAACCAACCAUCAUCAUCACCAUUUUUAGUUGAACAACUUUUAAUAAAAACAAAUCCUUCAAUUAAAGUUGUAGGGCUUGGAGAUACUGCAAAUAUUGGUGAAAAACGUCGAUUUAAAAUUGAAAAUGUGAUUGACUACAAUAGAUUAGAUGUUGCUGUUAUUAAUCCUGAUGGAAUGGAAUGUGUUUUAGAUGCUGGGUCAGAACGUGAUGGACAAACAGUUACUUGUUGUUAUACACCUAGAAUUGGGGGAAUUCACACCAUCAAUGUUCUCUUCAAUAAGCAACAUAUCCCAAACAGCCCAUUUAUUUUGGACGUUUAUGAUCACGAAGAAGAAGAAGAAGUGCUACAAGGAAAAACACCACACGAAGAAAUUCCAAAAUCUCCAAUUUCAACUAAUAAAUUCGAAAAUGUUGUCGUGUGGGGACGAGGCCUUUUGUCUGUUGGAACGAGUGCUAAUGAAGAGCUUGGUGUAUUUGUGGACAAUUGUGAAGAUGAAGUUGUUGUUAGUGUUAAAAAAGAUGACCUGCUCAUCCCUGUUUCUCGACAAGAUUUUGAACAGAGACCGUCAGCAGCAUCACAACCUUUUACUGCUAUACAUCCCCGACAGUCUUUUGUUUUUACUCCACGUACAAGUGGGAAGUAUGAGGUUUCUGUCAAAAGCGCUGCAAGCAGUACACAUUUAGGAAGCAGUUCUUACAAGAUUGUGGUUGGCCCAAAGAACAUUUCAACUAUUCGAGCUGUCGGCCCUGGAUUGGAAGGAGGUGUAGCUGAGGAAAGGGCUGUCUUUUAUGUCGACACACACGGAAGAGCAAAUUAUUUAGAAUUUUCAAUCGAAGGACCCAGCAAAACGGAGAUUAUUUGCUCUGACAAUGGAGAAGGAACGGCUAUGGUUGAAUACACACCUCAUGUUCCGGGUCGUUAUACAAUCAACAUCACCGAGCUUGACACAAACUCCCAUAUAAAAGAUUCUCCCUUUGUUCUUUGGAUUGAACCAUCAAAUCAACUUCCUUUCAAAAACAUUGCUCGCCCAAUUCGAAUUCCAUCAUUUGAAAGCAACGAAGGACAAGUUGACAACCAAUUUAAUUUUAAAAUUCCAAAAGAAAUUGGUUUGAAUUUUAAGAAUUUUUUUAAAAAAAAUUUUUUUAAAUUUUUUCUAGAAGCUGAAACAUUCUACGUUGAAAUCUACGACCCAAAUUUACAAAAAGUCGAUUUUGAUUGUGAAAAUACUCUUGAAGGAAAUUUUUACAGUUUUAUGCCGCAAAAGGAAGGAAAGCAUUUGAUUAGUGUCGUCGCCGAUAAAUUAGCUGUAGAAGGAUGGCCUUUUGUUAUUUUUGUUGAUGGCCCUUUUGACCCAAAUAAAAUUUGGCUUAGCGGUCCAGCAUUGAGUCCAACAAUUCAAACACGUCAAAAAACAAAUUUUUCAAUGGAUGUUCACAACAUUCCAAAACCAAAGCGUGUUCAAGUUGUUGUGGUUGGACCUGAAGGGGAACAAGUACCUGUGGAGGUUGACUUGAAAACUUUGUCUGUCUACAACGCCCGCUAUGAACCGAUGAAUGCUGGCGUCCACAAAAUUUAUUUGACUGUUAAUGACCAGCAAAUAUUUGAAAUUCCUGUGAAUGCUAUUGAAUAUGAUACAGAAGAAAUAUUGGAAGAAGAAAGUGGAGAUGAACAAUUACUUUAUUAUUCGCCGGAAAUGGUUAUCGGACUUUCUACAGCCAUUGUCUUUACGGCUCCAGGUCAACACAUCUCUGAUUUAUUUGUUCAUGUACACGGGCCAAGCGGCGACUUGAAACAUGAUGUAAAGAUGGAGCAACUUGAAAAAGAAAAGUUCCGCGUUAGCUUUGUUCCACAUCAAAGCGGUUUGCACACAAUUGAAUUAAGAAAUCAAAACGGAGAAAUUUAUGGUUCGCCUUACAAAAUCCCGGUGGCUUUACUCGGUACACAACGUGCUUUUAUGGCGUGGGCUGAUGGUCCAGGAUUGGCUGUAGGCGUAGUUGGACGCCCAAACCCUUUUACUGUUUGGAAUGCAAAGAAUUUGGGGGGUGGAGAAUUGACUGUGUCUAUUGAUGGGCCUGGAAAGGCUGAAGUUGGAACAGUGCAACAUCCAAACGAAAGCAAUUAUCAAGUCGAAUACACAGUCCAGUCACCUGGUCUUUACACUAUAAGUGUUCUUUUCAACGAUGCCCCGAUUGGUGGAUCACCUUUUAAAGUGUUUGUCAAACCCCAAACAGUCGAGACGUUAUCCAAAACUUACAGUCCUCCUACCUCGCCAGCAUCUGAACAACAACAUUAUGAUUAUUUGCAAAUUAGUAAUAGAACGGAGAGCUCACCAAAAAGUGCCGAACAAAAUAGUGCUUCUGAAUCUUAUGAUGAUGAUCGUCUGCUUUCGCCUUCUCGGAAUAAAUUUGCACAUGGAGAUUAUAGCAAUUUAAAUUCACCCCGACAAAAUGGUUAUGAAGGGGAUCAUCGUUUGGUACGGGCUAGCGGUGCAGGUUUAUCGUGUUUUACGCCAAGGAAGACAAACGAAUUUGUUGUGGACACGUCUGCGACAGGAAUGAAUGCUUUAUUUGUUGGUGCUGUAACACCGCAUGGUCCAACAGAUGAACUUAGUGUUAGUCACAGCGGUGGAGGAAAAUUUGUAGUUAAAUAUACAAUUCCUCAUGAUACUGAAGCAUUAAUUUUUGUUAAAUAUGGAGAUGGUCAAAUUCCUGGAUCUCCUUUUCCUGUUCGUCCUGCACAUGAAAAUGGAGGUGGAAAAGAAUAUAAUGAUCGAAUAUGA